GGCCGGCUCCGGACUCUUUCAAGGCCCAGGGGAAAUGUGUCCAGCCCGUCCCGGAAGCAGCGACCACUGCUAGCCGAAACGCCCGAAUCUCACUGAAAUCUGUGCCCAGGCCUGCUUCCCUGAGCGAUGCGGGUCCCGCCGCCGUGGCCCCUCCUCGGGGUCCUGCUGGCCCUCUGGGAGCUGUGGCCCUGCCCGGCCGAAGCGGCCACCCGCAACUACUACCUGGGCAUCCGGGACCGGAUUUGGAACUACGCUCCGGAGAAGGAGAAUCGGAUCGCCAGGCGGAAGAUCGACAGCGACCCGGUGGCUUCCAGAUUCCUGAGCCCCGGCAAGGACCGGAUUGGGGGCACCUACCUGAAGACGGUCUACCUGGAGUACACGGACGACUCCUACACUACCGAGGUGACCCGGCCCCGCUGGCUGGGAUUCCUAGGGCCGGUGCUGCGGGCUGAGGUGGGAGACACCAUCCGCAUCCACCUGAGGAACUUUGCCAACCGCCCCUACACCAUUCACCCCCACGGCGUCUUCUAUGAGAAGGACUCGGAAGGCUCUCUGUACCCAGAUGGCACCUCGGGGCGGGACAAGGCAGAUGACUCCGUCCUGCCGGGAAGCAGUCACAUCUACACCUGGACAAUCCCUGAGGACCACGGGCCCACGGAAGCCGAUCCGGCCUGCCUCACUUGGAUCUACCACUCUCAUAUAGACGCCCCACGGGACAUUGCCUCGGGCCUCAUCGGAGCCCUGCUCACCUGCAAGAGAGGAACCCUGGAUGGAGGCCACGCAAACCACCGGAGAGACGUGGACCGGGAAUUCUUCCUGCUGUUCAGCGUCGUGGACGAGAACCUGAGCUGGCACCUGGAGGAGAACAUCCAACGCUCCUGCACCGACCCCGCCAGCGUGGACAAGGAGGACGAAGCUUUCCAGGAGAGCAACCGGUUGCACGCCAUCAACGGCUUUGUCUUUGGCAACCUUCCUGACCUGAGCAUGUGUGCCCACGACCGCGUGGCCUGGCACCUCUUCGGCAUGGGCAGCGAGGUGGACGUGCACACAGCUUUCUUCCACGGACAGACGCUGACCAUCCGGGGCCACCGAACGGACGUGGCCAACCUGUUCCCGGCCACCUUCGUGGCAGCGGAGAUGGUGCCCCGGAACCCGGGCACCUGGCUGCUCAGUUGUCAAGUGGGCAGCCACCUGAGAGAUGGGAUGCAGGCUCUCUAUCAGGUGGAGACGUGCUCGGCGGCGCCCCGCCAGUCCCCGCUGCCCGGCAGGCUCCGCCAGUAUUUCAUCGCCUCCAACGAGAUCCUCUGGGACUACGGGCCGACGGGCCGGGACGGCAGCACCGGAGCCAGCCUGCAGGAACCGGGCAGUGAGGCCUGGAAGUUCUUUCAGAAGGGGCCCAGCAGGAUCGGUGGCAAAUACUGGAAAGCAGUAUACCGAGGGUUCACAGACGCCACGUUCACGAAGGAGCAGCCACGGUCUGAAGAGAUGAAGCACCUGGGCCUUCUGGGUCCCGUGAUUAAGGCCGAGGUGGGAGACACUAUCCAGGUCGUCUUCUAUAACCGGGCGUCUAAGCCGUACAGCAUCCAACCCCAUGGCGUGCUCUAUCAGAAGGCCUUCGAGGGCACCGUGUACAGCAAUGGGUCGGCCCUCUCUGGCCUAUUCGCCCGGCCCCUGGAGAGAGUCACGUAUCUCUGGACUGUUCCGGCCCACGCCGGCCCGGCGGCCGGGGACCCGGACUGCCUCACCUGGCUCUACUCCUCAGCCGUGGACCCCGUCAGGGACACCAACUCGGGCCUCGUGGGCCCCCUGCUCAUCUGCAAGCCCGGCACCCUGACCGACAGCGGCAAGCAGAAAGGAGUGGACAAGGAGUUCUUCCUCCUCUUCACCAUCUUCGAUGAAAACGAGAGCUGGUACCGGGACAGUAAUGAGAAGACUGCCAUGUUGGACCCAAAACAGUUUUCCUGGGAUGACGUGAAUUUCCAGGACUCCAACAAGAUGCACGCUAUUAACGGGUUCCUGUUCUCUAACGUGCCCAGCCUGGAUAUGUGCAAGGGAGACCGUGUGUCCUGGCAUUUGCUUGGGCUGGGCACCGAGACGGACAUGCACGGAGCCAUGUUUCAGGGCAACACGGUCCAGCUGUACGGCAUGAGGAAGGUGGCGGCCAUGCUGUUCCCCCACACCUUCGCCACGGUGCUCAUGGAGCCCGACAACCCAGGGUCCUUUGAGAUUUACUGCCAAGCGGGCCGCCACCUCCAGGCCGGGAUGAAGGCCAUCUACAACGUCAGUCCGUGCCGCCCUGAUGCCCACGCUGCCCGGCCACGCUACCGGGCCGCCCGGACCUACUACAUCAUGGCCGAGGAGGUGGAGUGGGACUAUUCCCCGGACCGGAGUUGGGAGCGUGAACGGCACAGUGAGGAGGGGAAGGAGAGCUACGGCCACGUCUUUCUGAGCAAGGAAGGUGGGCUGUUGGGGUCCAAAUACAAGAAGGCCGUGUACAGGGAGUACACGGACGGCUCGUUCACCACCGCCAGCCCCAGGUCCGGCACGGAGAAGCACCUGGGAAUUCUAGGCCCCCUGCUCCGAGGCGAAGUGGGGGACAUCCUGACCAUCGUGUUCAAGAACCAGGCCAGCCGGGCCUUCUCCGUGCACGCUCACGGGGUGCUGGAGCAGGGCGGGAGCCAUGUGUCCCAUGCCGAGCCCGGUGAGGUGAUCACAUACCAGUGGAAUAUUCCAGAGCGGUCAGGACCCGGCCCUAAUGACUCAACCUGCAUCCCCUGGAUCUAUUACUCAGCAGUCGAUCCCAUCAAGGACAUGUACAGUGGCCUGGUUGGGCCCCUGGCCAUCUGCCGGAAGGGGACCCUCGACCCUCUUGGGAAGCGGAGAGACGUGGACCGGGAAUUCGCCCUGCUCUUCCUCAUCUUCGACGAGAACCAGUCGUGGUACCUGCGGGAGAACGUGGCCACCUACGGCAGCGGGGAGUCGGAUGGAUCGAGCUUGCCAAAUGAGACCUUCAUCGAGAGCAACAAGAUGCACGCCAUCAACGGGAAGCUAUAUGCCAACCUGCCGGGCCUGACUAUGCACCAAGGAGAGAGAGUGAGCUGGUACCUGCUGGCCAUGGGUCAAGACAUCGACCUCCACACUGUCCACUUCCACGCCGAGAGCGUUCUCUAUCGCAACGGAAAGACUCAUCAGGCGGAUGUGGUGGAUCUGUUCCCCGGCACCUUUGAGGUGGUGGAGAUGUUGGCCAGCAACCCCGGGACUUGGCUGCUGCACUGUCACGUGGCUGACCACAUCCACGCUGGCAUGGAGGGUCUCUUCACCGUCCUGCGCAGAGAAGAAUUAGUGGUCACCGAUCCUGCACAGAAAAUAGCGGCCUCCGCAGCCCCCGCAGGCAGUGAGCAGGGCAAGGUGAAGAUGCUGGGAUUAGAAAUGGCCGAGCAGAAUGCCCAGUUGCUGGCCGUCGGACUGCUGGUCUCGGGGGUCAUCCUGUUCCUCUUGACCGUGGCCCUGGCCGGCGUGGUCUGGUACCAGCGGAGGCAGAGGAGGCUGAGGAGAAACCGGAGGUCUAUCCUGGACGACAGCUUCAAACUCCUGACGAUGAAGUAGUGGCCGCUGGGCCCUGCGGGAUCCCUCUUCCCUUGACCCCCCUCCAUCCCAAAAGCCCGGCUGGCAGCAGCGGACCUGAGGGCCCCCGGGGAGGGACGGGCAGAGGGGCACUGGGCAUC